AGUGAACUUCUACAAAACGGUUCCUCCGGAUACAAACUUUAUUAAUAGCUCUUUAAAUUGGUUUUACCGCAAAUCAGUUUUCAAAAAGUUACAAUAAUGAGAGUAUUUAUAGUAGUCGCUUGCUUAGCUGCACUUGUUAGUGCUGCUCCAUAUCCAUCGGUUGACAACAAUUUCGUGGAUGAGGAUGAUGUACCAUCAAUCGAUCUGUCUCAAUAUGGUUCGAGCAUUUUCGGUGUGCCCAGCAAUAAAACCGGCCAAUUAGUUGCUACGUACGAUCCAAGCACAAGCGAAAUGAAUCCAGAAGAAUUGGGUGAAUACUUGGAGGGAGACAUGCUGAUCCGGCCUGAUUUCGGCAGAAACGGAUUGAUCGCUUCAUCGUCACAUUGGCCAGGCGGCGUUGUUCCAUUCGAAAUUAGCGGAUAUUUUGAUGCAAAUGGUAUGGAUCUGAUCGAGCGUGCCAUCAACGAAUAUCAUCGCCGAACAUGCAUUCGUUUCAAGCCAAGAACAUAUGAACGUGACUACGUCACAUUCACAAGCGAUUCAACUGGUUGCUGGUCAAGUGUUGGACGUAUUGGCGGCAGACAAGAAAUCAACUUGCAGACACCGGGAUGUGUAUCAAAAGUCGGUACCAUUAUCCAUGAAAUGAUGCACGCCUUGGGCUUUUUCCAUGAGCAAAACCGUUCCGAUCGCGAUGAUUUUGUGUUCAUUAACUGGAACAAUGUUCGUGCAGGAACUCAAUCGAAUUUCGACAAACAAAGCAGUGUAACGACCACAGCGUACGGCGUUGAGUACGAUUACGGAAGCGUGAUGCAUUAUUCACCAAAUGCAUUUUCACGAAACGGUCAACCAACAAUAACCGCCAAGCGCUAUGCUUCGAAUAACAUGGGCCAACGAGAUGCAUUCUCAUCGGCAGACGUUGCAAAAAUUAACCAAAUGUACAAGUGUUCAAAUGUUGAUGCACCAAUUGUGGAACCAAAACCACCAAUGAAUGCACAUAACAAUAUUAACGAAUUGGUCGGUGAAACCGAUGGAACAACAACAGCACCGACAUCCGUAUCAACAGGUAGGCCUGCACCAAACAGACCAAAUAGACCAUUUUUGAAUAUGUUGGGCAAUUUAAUCGGUAAUGCUUUAGCAAACCAAGGGUAAAUGAAAACCAACAACGGAACACGAAUGCAACAACAAAAACGACAAAAAUAAGGACGAUGGACGGAUGCUUAUAACCAAAUAAAACUAGCUCAUAAGCUCUAAUCAACUUAUUUAUUCAUUUAACUUUCAUCUGAGGAGAGAAGUAGAGCGAGAGAGAGCAACAGAGAGAGAGAAGAGUAAUUUAUUUUAACUUAUUUAUUGCACUUAACUUCAUCCAAUUAGAUAAUUAUUCUAAUUUCUAACCAAAAUCAUUCAUUCAAUGAGGGUAAUUCUUCUAUUUACUAUGCAUUAGUUUUAAUAUACCAAAAUGAAAAAUUUGUUCAACCGAUAUCGAAUACAUUCGUAACUUGAAAAACAAAACAAAACAAAACAAAUGGU